AUGCCAGACGACAGAAAUGAUUUGAAUAAAAAAAAACCGCUAAGUGACAAGACUUUAAAAGCAAACAAGAAAGGAUAUUUACUAUCAAUAGACAUGAGACAACUUGGAAAUAUUUUCUUUUCUAAAAAUCCGCCAUGGAAUAUCCUUUUCUUUGGUUCAGAUGAGUUUUCUCUGGAGACAUUGAAAAAACUCAAAGAGAACAUGGAAAGCAGUGGCAAUAGAUGUGUGAAAUCAAUUGAAGUGGCAUGCAAGGCAUAUCCAUGCAAAGUACGAAGUUUUGCUAAAGAACAACGCUUGGCCAUUCACACUUGGCCAAUUCCUACCAUGAAAGACAAAUACGAUGUUGGUGUGGUUGUGUCUUUUGGUCGUCUCAUACCUGAACGUGUUAUUAAUAUGUUUCCUCAUGGUAUUCUCAAUGUGCAUGCCAGUUUAUUGCCAAGGUGGAGAGGAGCAGCACCACUUAUUCAUUCUAUUUUAAAUGGAGAUGAAACAACAGGAAUUUCCAUCAUGGAAAUCAGACCAAAAAGAUUUGACAUUGGCCCAUUGCUUCUGCAGAAAGCUUAUGCCAUGCCUCCAAAAUGUACAAUGAUGGAAUUGCGUUCCUUUCUAGCCAAAGAAGGAGCUACAUUGCUUUUGGAGACGCUUUGUCAGCUGAACUGCCUGGAAAGUUUGGAGAAUGAACAAGGUCACCAUGGCAUCACUUAUGCCCACAAGGUGAAACCUUACAUGGCUUACAUUAACUGGGCAGACCAGACAGCAGUUCAAAUAGAAAGACAGUAUCGAGCAAUUCAUGAAAUGAUGCCAUUAAAAACGAAAUGGAAAGGUGAAGAUCUCAAAUUACUAGACAUGAUCCUUAAUGACAUCACUAAAGAGUAUAAUAUUGAUGACCUGAUCCGUCAGAAAACCACUUUCAAUUCUUCAUCGUCUGUUGUGCCAGGGACUGUAUUACAUUACAAAGCCGACAACAGUCUAGUUGUGAAAUGUCUUAAUGGCUGGGUAGCCUUUCGUAAUGUUGUAUUGAAGAAACCAAUGAGUAGUCAAGAUUUCUACAAUGGAUAUUUGUCCAAAGUUAAGCCCAAAACACUAAACAUUUUUGAAAGCAGAGAGAAUUUUCUCUAUGCUGAUAUUUAUAAUGAGAAAGUCACAGAUCGAAAAAACAGUUGA